GCCGCCACCGCCGCCCCGAGAGAAGGUGGAGGAAGAAAUCCAGCUUGUAGCACGCGCGCACCAUCAUGGACCAUUAUGAUUCCCAGCAAACCAACGACUACAUGCAGCCCGAAGAGGACUGGGAUCGAGACCUGCUCCUGGACCCGGCCUGGGAGAAGCAGCAGAGAAAGACGUUCACGGCAUGGUGCAACUCCCACCUUCGCAAGGCGGGGACGCAGAUCGAGAACAUCGAGGAGGACUUCCGGGACGGACUAAAGCUCAUGCUGCUGCUGGAGGUCAUCUCAGGGGAGCGCUUGGCCAAGCCGGAGAGAGGCAAAAUGAGAGUGCACAAGAUCUCCAACGUCAACAAGGCCCUGGAUUUCAUCGCCAGCAAGGGAGUCAAGCUCGUGUCCAUUGGAGCCGAAGAAAUCGUGGAUGGGAACGUGAAAAUGACCCUGGGCAUGAUCUGGACCAUCAUCCUCCGCUUCGCCAUCCAGGACAUCUCUGUGGAAGAGACUUCCGCGAAGGAGGGGCUGCUCUUGUGGUGUCAGAGAAAGACGGCCCCUUACAAAAACGUCAACAUCCAGAACUUCCACAUAAGCUGGAAGGACGGCCUCGGCUUCUGUGCCUUGAUCCACCGACACCGGCCUGAGCUGAUUGACUAUGGGAAGCUGCGGAAGGAUGACCCACUCACAAAUCUGAACACAGCCUUUGAUGUGGCAGAGAAGUACCUAGACAUCCCCAAGAUGCUGGAUGCUGAAGACAUCGUCGGAACCGCCCGACCGGAUGAGAAGGCCAUCAUGACUUACGUGUCCAGCUUCUACCAUGCCUUCUCCGGAGCCCAGAAGGCGGAGACAGCAGCCAAUCGCAUCUGCAAGGUGUUGGCCGUCAACCAGGAGAACGAGCAGCUUAUGGAAGACUAUGAGAAGCUGGCCAGCGAUCUGCUGGAGUGGAUCCGCCGCACCAUCCCAUGGCUGGAGAACCGGGCGCCGGAGAACACCAUGCACGCCAUGCAGCAGAAGCUGGAGGACUUCCGGGACUACCGGCGUCUGCACAAGCCACCCAAGGUGCAGGAGAAGUGCCAGCUGGAGAUCAACUUCAACACACUGCAGACCAAGCUGCGCCUCAGCAACCGGCCCGCCUUCAUGCCCUCCGAGGGCAGGAUGGUCUCGGACAUCAACAAUGCCUGGGGCUGCCUAGAGCAGGCAGAGAAGGGCUAUGAGGAGUGGCUGCUGAACGAGAUCCGGAGGCUGGAGCGGCUCGACCACCUGGCAGAGAAAUUCCGGCAGAAAGCCUCCAUCCACGAGGCCUGGACGGACGGCAAAGAGGCUAUGCUACGGCAGAAGGAUUACGAGACCGCCACUCUCUCGGAGAUCAAGGCCCUGCUCAAGAAGCAUGAGGCCUUUGAGAGUGACCUCGCCGCCCACCAGGACCGCGUGGAGCAAAUUGCCGCCAUCGCACAGGAACUCAAUGAGCUGGACUAUUACGACUCACCCAGUGUCAACGCCCGGUGCCAAAAGAUCUGUGACCAGUGGGACAAUCUGGGAGCCCUAACCCAGAAGCGGAGGGAAGCUUUGGAGCGGACAGAGAAACUGCUGGAGACCAUUGACCAGCUGUACCUGGAGUAUGCCAAGCGGGCUGCACCCUUCAACAACUGGAUGGAGGGGGCCAUGGAGGAUCUGCAGGACACCUUCAUCGUGCACACCAUCGAGGAGAUCCAGGGACUGACCACAGCCCAUGAGCAGUUCAAGGCCACCCUCCCUGAUGCCGACAAGGAACGCCUGGCCAUCCUGGGUAUCCACAACGAGGUGUCCAAGAUUGUCCAGACCUACCACGUCAACAUGGCGGGCACCAACCCCUACACAACCAUCACUCCUCAGGAGAUCAAUAGCAAGUGGGACCACGUGCGGCAGUUGGUGCCACGGAGGGACCAGGCCCUGACGGAGGAGCAUGCCCGCCAGCAGCACAAUGAGAGGCUACGCAAGCAGUUCGCAGCCCAGGCCAAUGUCAUCGGGCCCUGGAUUCAGACCAAGAUGGAGGAGAUUGGGCGGAUCUCCAUUGAGAUGCACGGGACCCUGGAGGACCAGCUCAGCCACCUGCGGCAGUAUGAGAAGAGCAUCGUCAACUACAAGCCCAAGAUCGACCAGCUGGAGGGCGACCACCAGCUCAUCCAGGAGGCUCUCAUCUUCGACAACAAGCACACUAACUACACCAUGGAGGAUCACUCCGGCACGCUGGGUCCCGAGGAGUUCAAAGCCUGCCUCAUCAGCUUGGGUUAUGAUAUUGGCAACGACCCCCAGAAGAAGACAGGCAUGAUGGACACAGAUGAUUUCCGCGCCUGCCUUAUCUCCAUGGGUUACAACAUGGGAGAGGCAGAAUUUGCGCGCAUCAUGAGCAUUGUGGACCCCAACCGCCUGGGGGUAGUGACGUUCCAGGCCUUCAUCGACUUUAUGUCUCGGGAGACGGCCGACACGGACACAGCAGACCAAGUCAUGGCCUCCUUCAAGAUCCUGGCUGGGGACAAGAACUACAUCACGGUGGACGAGCUGCGCCGAGAGCUGCCGCCGGAUCAGGCGGAGUACUGCAUCGCCCGGAUGGCCCCCUACACCGGCCCCGACGCCGUGCCCGGUGCUCUGGACUACAUGUCCUUCUCCACGGCGCUGUACGGCGAGAGCGACCUCUAACCCGCCGGCCCCGGCCAGCGCCCUCGCCCUGUCCGCUGUGCGCCC